GUGAGUGACAUACACUUGUACUGGUGUUCUUUCUUGGAUCAAUUGCAGUGGGAUUUUAGGAGAGAGAAAAUCAACAAAAAUGGAGACGAAACCAACAGAAAUCAGCAGCUCUAAGAUGCAUGGAGGUUUCAACAAACGAUUCAGGCAUUUCAGCCCUACUCUUGGUUGUUUCAUGACUUUUCACAUCUACUUCCCCCCUUCUACUGAGUCUUCCCAGAAAUUCCCUGUGCUUUACUGGCUAUCUGGUCUUACAUGUACGGAUGAAAAUUUCAUCACUAAGUCUGGAGCUCAACGUGCUGCUUCUACUGAGGGCAUCGCUCUGAUUGCCCCUGAUACUUCUCCAAGAGGGCUAAAUGUCGAAGGAGAGGCUGAUAGCUGGGACUUUGGUGUAGGCGCGGGGUUCUAUUUGAAUGCUACACAAGAGAAAUGGAAGAAUUGGCGUAUGUAUGAUUAUGUUGUUAAGGAGUUGCCUGAACUCCUGAAAGAGAAUUUCCCACAACUUGACACAACACGUGCAUCAAUAUCAGGGCAUUCAAUGGGGGGGCAUGGGGCGUUGACUAUAUACCUGAAGAACCUUGACAAAUAUAAGACGGUAUCCGCCUUUGCACCAAUUGUGAAUCCAAUUAACUGCCCUUGGGGCCAGAAAGCUUUCAGUAACUAUCUGGGAGGAAAUAAGGCACACUGGGAGGAAUAUGAUGCUACUUGCUUGGUUUCAAAGUUCCAUGAUCUUUCUGCAUCCAUACUUAUUGAUCAGGGGACAGAUGACAAUUUCUUGCAUAAUCAAUUGUUGCCGAACAAAUUUCAAGAGGCUUGCGAGAAGGUCAAUGCACCGCUUUUGUUGCGACUCCAGCGUGGAUAUGACCAUUCCUACUUCUUCAUUGCUACUUUCAUUGAUGAUCACAUCAGCCACCAUGCUCAAGCCUUGAAGUUGUAACUCUCUAUUUCGAGAAUCUAGUGUGAGUGUGUGUCUACUUGUGGUUAUGCAUUGCUGUUAAAAUCAUGUUGGAUUAAUUUUGCCUUAGCUGAAAGGUGAAGGAUGGAUGUCAAGGAUAGAAUGUCAAUAAGAAAUGUCAUGUAUGUUUUCAUAUGUGAGUGCUUCUGUUAUGGAUUCAUGCCCACUAUUGAAAGUGCCAGAAUCUAUGCUUUAUAAACCCUAUAACUUAUAAAAUUACUAGUUUCUGAAAA